UACUUGUCUCUGACUUCACUAUUGUUGUGACGUUGAGUCAGAUGAUAGUUAAGGCACCUGAUCUAGACUUGUUUAAUAAAGUAUACGAUACUUUUAAUUUAAAAAUUUAGCCUCUACCGCGAUGGACACCUCGGAGAGGUUCUUCCCAGUGGAAGACGUGUUCAAAAUGCAAUAUCUGGAGCAAUACGUGCAAUCAGUGGUUCAUUACAGUUCGAGAUACAACAAUCAGUUAAACUAUUGUUAUUCGCCCACAAAUCUAUUGGGAAAAUAUGAGAAAUAUCCCUCCUAUGGAGACUUUCCAGAGGCCUAUUUUCUGAGAUCUUAUGGGAAAUGGUGGAGGUAUAGCGGCUCUGCCCAAAAGGAGUACCGGCCUCAAGACUUCGACUUAUUGAACGCAGAAGACUUUGUAACUUUAGAAUUCGGCAGUGCAGUGGUGCCGAGGGAAGUAUUCAUCUACGAAGUCUAUAAUCCGGGCGCUGUGAUCCGAAUCUGGGGCCGUCUGAGUUCGGACACUAAAUGGCAUUUACUUUGGGAAGGCUUUCCGCAAAAGUGUGCGGCAACGUCACGCAAGUUUACGCCACCUCUAAGAAAAAUCAAUUACCUUAUUAAUAUCCUGCGGAUCGAAUUCAAUCAAAGCCAUUUAGACUAUCACACUGCAAUAGACGGAGUCCUGCUUUGUGGAUAUCAGCCGAGGACUAUUAUCAAAUUUGAGCUCAUCAGGCGCGGCUUAACUCAAAACAAGCUGGCGACAUCAAGUAAUUCAGCCACCGUUGGCUAUUGGGAAACAAACCGAAAUUGUGUUACGCUCAACGACAAAUUGGCCUUUGACUACAUCAACUUGCUACCGAACGAAAUUAUUCUAAAGGUAUUUCAAUGCUUGGAUUUAAAAUCGUUGAGUCGCUGCGCUCAAGUGAACAGACGAUGGAACAAAUUAGCUCAAGAUCAAACGCUAUAUCGCAACAUCAGCCUAAAGAUCUAUUGGUAUCUGGUGAACGAACAAACACUGGAUUUCUUCAUCAACAAAAUUCAAAACGUGAAAAAGCUGGAUCUUUCGUGGUGCAAUCAAUACCAAAUAUCCUUCAAUAAAAGACUGGACUAUGACUAUCACUGUAAGAUACUAAGUCUUUUAGAAGAAAGUAGCAGAACAAUCACUCACUUAUCGAUGAACGACAACUACUUUGUGGAUUCAGAUGUGCUUAAUAAAAUAGUAUGCUGCAAAGAACUCACUGAAUUAAGACUCCAUCACACAUUUAACUGGAUCAGAUGGCCAAAAGACCAGCUAACAAAGCUGGUCACAUUAGACCUAAGCAUCACGAACAUUAUCGACGAAGAUCUGAUCCAAAUUCUGAUGGCGAACCCGAAUUUGGAGCAUUUAGUUUUGGAUUUAUGCGAGCAUUUGUUUAUGAUGAACAGUGUGGUGGAGACGGUGACUUUGUUCAACAAAAAGCUGAAAACCUGGAGUUCAUGGAAAACGGAUUCGCUUACAAGCGACGCGGUUCGCAAGUUCAGCCUCUGUUCGAACCUGGAAGAGCUCGAUUUGGGCUGGUGCCUAUUGGACAGUGUCCCUGGGGACUCACUGGCGGAAAUAGCUAAUGGCUGUAAACGUCUAAAGCGGUUGAUUUUAUCACAAUGGCGAGGCGCCACCGAUCAGUCCCUAAUGCCCAUAAUCAUCUCCUGCAAGGAUCUGACUCAGCUCGACUUGAUCGGCAUAAAGAACAUCAGCUCAGAGUUGUGCGAAAAGGCGCUGUUCCGUCUGCCCAAAUUGCGGCUCUUGGACAUCAGCUUUUGCGAUGGAGUAAGGCAGGAGGAGGUAGCCAUUUGGAGACAGCAAUACCCCCACAUAACCAUCCAAAGAAGCUGUGAACAUACCGUCACAGACUACAUGUAGCAGUUACCUAAGUCUAAGGUUAUUUCUGAAUUAUUUUAAGUAUUAUAUGCAUAUAGUAGGUAUCUAAAUAUAUAUACACAGAGUUUA